AUGCAAAUGGAAAUCUUCAAUCUCGACGGGAGAACUGCCCUGGUCACUGGAGGGGGUCGCGGAAUUGGACGAGCAAUGGCCGUGGGACUCGCAGAAGCGGGGGCCGACAUUGUGCUUCUUUUAGUUGCGUUUGACAGCCCAAACAAUCGCGAUCUAUCCCAAACCGAGACCAAAGAACAGAUUGAAAAGCUCGGCCGAAAAUGCUUCACCUAUGCAUGCAAUCUUGAGCUUAAGGAUUCGGUUUCGCGGGUUAUUCAGGAAGUCCUCUCCAGCCAUGAAAUUCACAUCCUCUUAAAUGCAGCCGGCAUACAGCGACGGCUGUCAGCUGAGAAUUAUGACCAAGAAACCUACGAGGAGGUCAUGCAAGUGAACCUAGGUGCCGCAUUCACACUAUGCAGGGAAAUCGGAAAAUACUGGAUUAAAAAUGGAAUCAAAGGGAGUCUUAUUAAUACUGCUAGCUUAGCAUCAUUUCAGGGAGGAGUGAGGAUGUCUGGGUAUGCCGUGAGCAAAGGUGGGAUUGCCAUGCUCACCAAAGCACUCUCUAAUGAAUGGGCAACGCAUGGUAUACGCGUCAAUGCUAUUGCACCGGGUUAUAUCGCGACGGAUAUGAACGUCGAUACCAGAACCAGUCCGGAUAAGACUUACUAUAAGUCUAUUACGGACCGAAUCCCAAUGGGAAGAUGGGGAGACCCUGAAGAGUUUAAGGGGAUCGUGGUAUUUCUUGCCAGUAAGGCAAGUUCGUACAUUACAGGCGAAAUUAUAACUGUUGAUGGAGGUUGGCUAGCUAGAUAA